AUGCCGCCCGACAGGGUCCCCGACGCCCAAGCCGGCUUCCAAUACUGGAACGACAUAGCGGCCGACGAAAACGGCAUGCUGGGCGGCCUCCCCUCGCAGCCCGGGUUCGAGUCCAUCUCGCGGAUCGACCUUCAGGGCUCGCGCACGUUUCUCGCCAGGCUGGGCAUCGGCACCAAGCACGACAGGAACCGCGUGGGCAGCGCCCUCGACGCCGGAGCAGGCAUCGGCAGGAUCAGCAAAGGCCUGCUGGUCAAGGUGGCCGACGAGGUCGACAUCGUGGAGCCGAUUGCCAAGUUCACCAAGGCCAUCCGCGGACACGCCGGGAUUCGCACGAUAUCCAAUGUGGCGCUGCAAGACUGGCAGCCGGGAACGGCGCGCUACGACAUCAUCUGGACGCAGUGGUGUCUGGGCCACCUGACGGACCAGCAGGUGGUGCUGUACCUGCGCACUUGCAGGGAGGCGCUGACGCCGGACGGCCUCGUGGUGGUCAAGGAGAACCUGAGCACGAGCGGGAGCGACGACUUUGACGAGACGGACAGCAGCGUGACGAGGCAGGACAGCAAGUGGAAGAGCUUGUUCCAUCGCGCGGGACUGGCCGUUGUCAGGACGGACGAGCAGCGCGGGUUCCCCGAGACGCCGGGCCAGAGACUGCUGCCCGUGCAAAUGUAUGCCCUCAGACCAGCCGAGGAGCCGCUCGCCUUUGAAUAA